CGGGAGUGGCGGCGGCGGAGGGACGCUGAGGGCGGCCAUGGUGCGGAUCACUGAAGAUCUUGUUAGAAAACGUGCAGAACAUAACAACUGUGAAAUUUUUUCACUGGAAGAAAUCUCUCUACAUCAGCAGGAAAUAGAAAAACUGGAGUAUCUUGACAAAUGGUGUCGAGAUUUAAAAAUUCUCUAUCUUCAGAAUAAUCUAAUUCCAAAAAUUGAAAAUGUGGGCAAACUAAAGAAGCUGGAAUAUUUAAAUGUAGCUUUGAACAACGUUGAAAGAAUUGAAAAUCUUGAAGGCUGUGAAGAACUGAAGAAACUUGACCUGACAGCAAAUUUCAUUGGUGAACUCUCCAGUAUUGAAACCCUAAAAUAUAAUAUACAUCUGAAGGAACUGUUUCUAGUGGGUAACCCAUGUACUGAAUUUGAAGGUUAUAGACAAUUUGUAGUGGCAACUCUUCAUCAAUUAAAAUGUUUGGAUAGUAAAGAAAUAGAACGUUCGGAGAGGAUUAAAGCACUUCAAAUCUAUCCAGAAGUGAAGCAGAAAAUCAGAGAACAGGAACAAGCUUACCUUCUCAAAAGGGCCAGAGAAAAAGAAGAGGCUCAGAGAAGAAUGCAAGAAAGAAAGAAUAAAAAACAAAACCAAAUUGAAACUAAACUUGGAUUUGACAGCCCAGACUCCCCACAGGACAAAGAAAACCGUCAGUCAGAAGGAGAUGGAGAACAACAAAUGUUGAGAACAGUUGAAGAUGAUGAAGAAGACAGAAGAUUUUGGGAGGAGCCUACACCAUAUACUCCAGAAUCUAGAUUAGAAACUCACAGAUAUAUUGAAGAAAAACGAAGAGCUAAAGACAGUGUAAGGGAAUCAAAAAAGAGAGAGAAGCCUCCUUGGACAUUGGUCACUGCAGAAGGAAAAGUUCUGAAUGUGAACGUGCCUAAGCUUCAUUUCUCUUUGAAAGAUGAUGAAGAAAACAACCAGAUCAUCUUGGAUCUUGCUGUUUACAGACAUUUGGACACUUCUCUUCUUGAUGUUGAUGUCCAACCAACUUACGUACGAGUGCUGGUGAAGGGAAAGCCAUUUCAGUUUGUGCUCCCCGAGGAAGUGAAGCCAGACAGCAGCUCUGCUAAAAGAUCACAAACAACUGGUCAUUUAGUUGUCAGCAUGCCAAAGGCUAAAGAAAUAAUCCUGGCUAAACAAAAAGUAUCAACUUCAGUUAAACAUUCUGACUGCAAUACACCUCAAAAAAAUGCAAGAAGGAGCAGACAAGUUGAGAAAUUAGAAGUGGAUCCUAGUAAAUAUUCAUUCCCCGAUGUGACAAAGAUAAUUCAAGAAAGGGAGCGAACUGGACAAGGACCUAUUAAGUUAGAGCCAGAGAGGAUUACAGAGACUAAGAAGAGUGACACUGAUUUUGAAAAUAAUGAAGAUGUUCCUCCCUUAAUUUGAAACAUUCUUAAAUAGUCCCUCUACAUGUGGCGAGUAUACUUGAGAUUUUUCUAUGCCCUGUGUGUAAAUAUAAUAUAGCUGAAGUUAGAAAAUAUUACAUUUCUUAUCAAUAACUUUGUUAUGUCUGUGUUUUCUGCAGCAUUUUCUAUUAGCAUAUAGAAUACUUUAGAUAUUGCUAUAUACAUUCUUUUUUUUCUAUAUUGUUUACUUAGUAAGUCUCAAAUUAGAAUCUGAACCAUGUAAGUCAGACAUUGUUUCUUCAGAGAAUUUACUGUCUAGCUUGAAAGAUGGCAUAUUACUGUAGAAAAAGAGAAGGAAUGAAGAAAGCACUUGUAACAAGAUUUGUGAUUAUUCUUACUAAACUGAAGAUUGCAAAAAUCUAUAUGUAUUCCU